AUGGUCCGCACUGAAAGGGAGUUGAUUUUCCUGGACGUUCAGAUUCGCCCAGAUUCUGUUGUAUGUAGCCUUAAUACGUGCAAUAAGGAGAAGAUCAACAAAUAUAACCAGCCGUACUUUCUUAACGCGGUCCGUGAUCGUUAUGGUAGCGAUCUCCCCAUCCGUGUCGUUGCUCUAACGCGCAUUACGGGCGUCCGGCUACCGCGAACGAAGGUCUUCGACGGACUUAGGCAUUUAAUGAUUCGACGGACUUACGCACUUACCUUCCAAGGCGCAUUACGGGUGUUCAGCGCGCAAGGGAUAUCACCGGCACACACGACUAUUUCCUAUGUGUGCAAAAUAGGACGAGGAAAAAAACCGGACUUACGUACUUGCCUUUCAAAGCGCAUUACGGGCGUCCGGCGCCCUCAACGGGUGUUCAGCGCGCAACCUUUUCUUCUCGGUACUACGAAUAUAAGUCGACAAUUUGGUCGUCCCUCGAAGAGGACGAAUCGAUUCGGUCGAGGGCUUAAUCUCAAUAGAUCGCAGUGUGGUGGCCGCUCUACUAAGAACGACACCCCGAGCCUGAAGUCAAGUGGUCCACAAGCGAUCCCUCGACUCGCGCUCCACGGGGGGUUCGAUAUCAGACGGAGACGCCAAAACCCCGUCUGUCGCGGAUGUCAAAUCGGGUGGCCCUUUCGUGAACGCCGACGCGUGUGA